AUGAAGCCGGUGGUGAUUGAGAAGAAGCUCGAUGAUGAUCUCACAAAGAAGCCAUUGUUACCAGACGAUGAGAAGAAGAAGGAAGAUAAGGAGAAAGAGAGGAAAGCUAGGAGAGAAAAGCGAAAAGCAGAGCGGGAGAAGCAAGAAGUGACGAGAUCCUUGGAUAUGGAUGAAGGGUUGGAGACAGCGCGUGUCAUCAAUGGAUUAACUCCAGUGAAACCAACGUGGGUCGGAAAUGAGGUGGCCAAGAGCUUCUUCGAAAAGAACAGUGACGUCGACAAGCUGAAGAAUGAGUUUAGUUAUUUGAAUUCGAUUGAUUGCUCCAAACCCGCGACAUUCUUCCACAACUACAUCGAACGAAAUCGGAAUCAGACCGGUUCCAUUCUCGUUCAGCAAUACCCAGUUCUUGACGAAAACCGUGUGGUGCUCAAUCGACCGGGUCCUGAUCAGAUCAACUACAUCAACGCGAGUUUCGUGACACUCAAAGAUGUGCCGAAUAAGAUCAUCGUCGCGCAGUUGCCUCAAAUGGAGAACGAGAGUUUCGUCGAGGAUUUUUGGCAGAUGAUCUAUCAGGAGAACAUCACCAUCGUUUAUCUGCUAUGCACUCAGGACGAAAUCAAGAAAGCGCCGACAAAACUGUUCUGCGAAGAAGUCGGCGCAUUCCAAUACAUCGGCAAGAUGUUCAUCAACAAUCGGAAAGCCGAAACGUUCCCAGACCUUCAGUUCCACACCAUCGAGGUGCUGCCAGAAGGCUGUUCUGACGCUGUGAUGACGAAGGUGCAUCAAGUUCUGACGUGGGAAAAGGCGCGACAACCAAUCAAGCUUCGAUUGAUUAUCAAAAUGAUUCAUUCAUUCCUUUCAGAGAAGGAGGUUCAAAACGCCGGAAUCUGUGUGGUGAGCUUAUGGGGCUCCGGAAGAGCUUGCUCAUUUCUAGCAGCUCUCAUCGCCAUAUCCCUUCUGAACAAGGGAAUCGAACCCAAAAUCCUUGACAUCAUGACGAGCAUAAAACUAUAUAAAAGUUUCAAGCGAAAAUCCCUCAAUUCCUGA